AUGGGCGAAUUUUUGGGUCUGUUGACCGUGUGUGCGGCAAUGCUGGCAGGCACGUACGUGGUAGGGACCUUGCCACUUGCUUUUCAGCUUUCACGCGAUACAUUGCGCAAGCUUGAGCUGUGGGGCUCGGGACUUUUGCUCGGUGCGGCACUCACGGUCGUCAUCCCCGAAGGCAUUGCAAGUGUAUACCAAAUGGAAAAAGACGGUGCGAGCGGCAAGUGGCUUGCAGCAAAAGAUGUCGUCGCCGUGUGCCUUUUGAGCGGCUUUUUGCUCAUGUUUAUCGUGGACCAGCAGAUGAUUGCUCAGUCCUACGACCGCGUACGACGGAUUGCGCGUAAUGCUCGGCGAGCGGGCCUUGCUGGAGAUGAGGAGACGGUUGCUAUCGAGGAAGCGUACCUCGCCAAUGUCCCGUUUUACGCCUCGGACGAGUCACACUCAAUUUGGCCCACACGCGAGCGUUUGUUUGCAGCCGUCGGUGGCAUAUUGGGUAUUCUCAUCCAUGCGCUUGCCGACGGUAUUGCUAUGGGUGCAUCUUCUGAGAGUGACGACGCUUCGCUACGGAUUGUAGUCCUCCUUGCGAUUGUGGUGCACAAAGCACCGGCCUCGAUCGGGACAUGCACCUUGCUCAUGUCCAGAAAGCUACCGAAAGUCGAUAUUCGUUGGGCUGUGAUGCUGUUCAGUCUAAUGACCCCUAUUGGCGCGCUGGUCACGUACAGUGCGAUUCAAAUGGUGCUCCGUUUCACAGGUGGGUCGGAUGCGAUUACUAGCCGCGAUAUUGGCGCGGUGCUCAGCUUUUCAGGUGGCACGUUCCUUUAUGUUGCCAUGCACGCUGUCAUUGAGCUGGCCGUGCAGCCCGUGGCGACAGAGCUGCGAGUGGAGACUAGCGAGCACCAUCCGCACGACCAUGACCACCCGAUCCAUGUGCGCACAUUGGAGCACGAGCCAGACGCGUCGUCAGAGACCUAUGCCGUCACUGGACUUGCACGCAGCCUAGGGCUUGUCAUCUUGGGCUCUAUCACUCCCCGACUCUUGCAGCUGCUCGUCGGCGACGAGCACGACUAG